AUGUAUUCGGAAAAUAUCGUGCCUACUAUCGCCUCUUUAAAGAAUAGAUUACAAGAACUUCAUAUAGAAAUACCUUAUUCUGAAGAACAUUUUCGGCGAUAUCUCCAAACAAUUGGAUUUAAGUACAAAUCACUGGACGGACGAGCUCAUAUUACCGAAACUCCCCGGCUAAAAAAAUGGAGGUGGGAAUUUAUUGAACAAAUUAGGAAACAUCGGGAAGAGAAGUGGAAUAUUGUUUAUUUAGACGAAACUUGGUAUGAUACCCAUGAUGUAAUAAAAAAGGGCCUUUCCAAUGGUAGUGAUAAGUGUGCAUUGAAGAUACCGUGUUCAAGAGGAAAACGUAUUAUUAUUCUUGCAGGGGGAGAGAAUGGUUGGGUGCAAAAGGGAUUGUUAUUAUCUGCAAAAAAUAUUAAAGACUGUUCUGCAGAUUAUCACCAAGACAUGGAUUCUGCGUUGUUUGAGACAUGGUUUAAAAAUCAAUUAUUACCAAAUUUAUUAAAUCAGAGGUCGGUAAUCGUUCUUGACAACACAAGUUAUCAUUUUCGAAUGUUACACCCCAAACCUGCAAAGAGGCAUAAAAGAGAAUAUAUUUUAUCCUACAUGCAAGAACAUAAUAUUGUCAUGCCGGACGGUAAGAUUACCAAAGAUAAGCUGUUAGCGAAAGUCAAUGAAGUUGACAUUCCAACCGAAUAUGUAAUUGAUGGCAUGGCAAAAGAAGCGGGACAUAUAGUUCUACGAUUACCACCUUACCAUUGCAUUUUGAACCCCAUAGAAUUAAUCUGUAGCAAUUUAAAGCGAAAUAUUAGAAAACAUAAUGCAGCUACAACUGAGGAACUGCAUAUCGGAAAUGAGAGUUCCGAUGAAAGCAGCUUUGAAAAUUAUGAUAGCUGUGAUAGCGACGACGAAUAA